AUGAGAGGUGGUGAACCCAAAGCCAAAUCGAAGAGCACUGAUGAAAGCGUGAUGGGGAUGGGGAUGGGGAUACAUGGUGCGCUUCUAGGGCUUAAUGUAAACUCGUGGGCAGUGGCAAUAGCCGAGUUUAUUUACGUUUUAGGAGGGUGGUGCCCGCAUACUUGGACCGGCUUUCGCACUGCUGCUUUUGUUGAUCUUAUUCCCCUACUCACAUUAUCGAUUUCCUCCGAUUUCAUGCUCUGCCAAUAUAUAUUCACCUGGGAAAUGAACGUAAGCGUUGGCUUGAUGGGUGCAGCAUGUUUUUGUUGCUCUAUCUCUCAAUCGGAAAAUGUAGCGUUCGAGUGGCGAACGAAUUAG